GAUGUUUAAAGUGGGCGAGAUAAGGGACAUGAAGAGAAAUAGUGAGCUUGAAACUUUAUCGAGUGAGAGCCCUCAAACUCCUCCAUUUCUCAAUCGUCAACACUAUUCACCAAUGACUCGAGUUUCUCCUCCUCCUUCACGCUCCUUCUCUAUUGGGUUUCCUUCACCUGAAAAAAGUUCACCAUUUGAAGACCGACGACAACAACGACCCAAUUUUCAUCAUUAUGGAUUACCUGAUUUUCAUUUCGGAAAUAAUAAUGCAAAUGAAAAUAAAAGGGUCCAUGAUGGUUUUGAUUUGUGUGAGAAUCUAUACCAAAUGCAUAUUGGAGAUGAAGAAAUAAAUGGAGUUGAUUCUGCUGAAAGGAGGGGAUCCGAGAGCGAUCCAUAUGGUUUGGGCCUUUGUGUCGAUGCUGUUUCUUCUUAUAAUGCUGGAAAGUAUAGUUCAUAUGAAGGGUUUAACAAAGGGUUUCAAUCUUAUCCACAACAAGUUUCUACGUGUUUUGAUGGUAAUGAUGUCAUGAGGUCUACAUUGCUUGGUGGAAACGAAAAGGAUGAUUCAUUGGGGUCUUAUGGUAUUGGUUACAAUCAGUCCAAUGAUUUGUUUUCAAAACCGAGUUGGUACAAUAACCGGAGAGACUAUAUUUCGGAGAAGAGAAUGGAGCAGUGCAGGAGUUUUAACAAUGGGGGAAUUCUAUUACAGAAUGCCUUAAGUACAAGGCCCUACUGUGAUAAUCUUUUUGUCUACUCACAGCAAUGCGGAAUGGAUGGUAAUGGAGGUAGAGGUGUCACUGAUUCUUUGAGUUCUCCUGGGUUCUUGCACAGUAAGAUUCCUAUUGUGGAGGAUCAUAGUGUCAUCAAACAAGGAAGAGAUUUGAAGUAUGGUGUUGUUGACAACUUGGGCCAUGAUUCAUUCAAGUGUCAUAAGAAAAAAUCUCUCAAAGGGAUUGCAAUGCAAAACCUUAAAGAUAAAAGAUCUAAACUUGAUAGAAAUCAUGGAAAAAAUGUAAGACUAAUGCCAAGUCCAUAUUCCUUGGUUGAGUUUCGAGGAUGUAUUAAUUAUAUGGCUAAGGACCAGAAUGAUUGUCGCUUCUUACAAAGGAUAUUUGAUGAAGGAAGCUAUUUAGAUGUUCAAAUAAUAUUCAAUGAAAUUAUUCAUAAUAUUGUUGAACUUAUGAUGGAUCCCUUUGGCAACUACCUUGUGCAAAAGUUGCUGGAUGUGUGCACUGAAGAACAAAGACUGCAGAUUGUUCUCAUGGUGACAAAAGAAGCAGGACAGCUAGUGAGGAUUUCCUUAAACACACAUGGUACUCGUGUAGUACAGAGGUUGAUUGAGACUCUCAAAUCCAAACAUCAGAUUUCUCUUAUCAAAUAUGCUCUUAAACCUGGAAUUCUCGAUCUUAUCAAGGAUCUCAAUGGAAAUCAUGUCUUGCAGCGCUGCUUGCAAUGCCUUGACAAUGAAGAUAAUAAGAUUAUUUUUGAGGCUGCUGUACAAUUUUGUGUAGAUAUUGCUACUCAUCGUCAUGGAUGCUGUGUGUUGCAACGCUGCAUUGCUCAUUCUACUAGGCAACAUCGAGAUAACCUAAUUACUCAAGUUUCCAGAAAUGGACUUCUUCUUGCUCAAGAUCCUUUUGGAAAUUAUGUUAUUCAGUACAUCAUAGAGCUAAAGGUCCCCUCUGCCGCUGGCAACUUACUUUCUCAGUUCAAAGGGCACUAUGUUCACCUCUCAAUGCAGAAAUUUAGCAGUCAUGUGAUUGAAAAAUGCCUCAAGCAUUUUGCAGAAAGCCGGUCGCAAAUCAUCCAUGAGUUGAUCUCUGUUGUACACUUUGAACAAUUAUUGCAAGACCCUUUUGCCAACUAUGUCAUUCAAUCUGGUUUAGCUGUAACCAAGGGCCCUCUUCAUGCUUCUCUAGUUGGAGCUGUCCGACCUCACACAAUCUUGCGAACCAGCCCAUAUUGCAAGAGAAUAUUCUCGCGAAACCUCCUGAAAAAGUGAUGGAGUCACUUUGCCAGUAUUUUAGUGCUUCCAAAGUUGCUAGCUGUUCACUACUAGUCAUGUCCUUGGGUUGCAAGAUACAUAGAAUGUACAUGAAUUCUGGUGCCUCCUGUUGUGGUGGAAGGCUUUACAGCUUCGUAUCAGUUGAAUCACCUUCAAGAAUUCCAAGGAUGUAGAUGGAAAUUUUGCUUCUAGUUGUUCAAUAUGUUGUUUUAACUUGUAUUAUUGUGUAUCUU